UCCAGUCUCUAUUAAUAUGUCUUGGAGGACAAUUUAAAAAUAAGUAAUUUUUAACCAAGGCUUAACUUUCAUUUAUUUCAAGUGUUAGAGGAGUUUGGGAAGACAUUUACCUCAGUGUUCCCCGGAGCACGUUUGGAAUAAUCGAGCUAAAACCAGUUCUUCCCCGUUGUUCUGCAGACUGCGCAAAGAGUACGCAGGAGUUACGCAAACAACGUACAACUUUCUCGCGCAAGCGUAACUCCAAACUCUGUGCUGUGCUCACGGUCUCCGCGCAGGAAUGUGUUAUUGAAAACUGUUGUGUAACGUACGCCUGCUGUUUCACCUAUACUUCAAUAAACAUUGAUUGCUUGAAACGAAAAUACGGAACAACUGUGUGUAAGGUAAAGUUUAUGGCUUAUGAUGGAUUGAGAGGUGACCUAGCUUUACCGGCUAACUGACAGAAAUCAGCUGACGUGUGUUGCGCCACCUUAUUUCCAAUAUUUUCCAAGUGUGUUUAUUGUCAGCUUUGUAUUUUACGAAGAAAACCGUAUAGGAGCAGUUGUGACAAAGAGCGAGAAUCAUGAUGAAGAUCAGUCCUCAUUCACUCUUCCUCUUCGGUCCUUAACAGACAGUCUGGAAUCAAAGCUUUGACGUCUAAAACACACCACAACGGCCACAGAAGAGGUAAAAGGGAGGGAGUUGAGCUCUUCCUCUGUACAAACUUCAUCAUCCUCUCCAUCUGCAAUGGAGAUUGCACUGGCUCAUCCUGCCCUGAAGGCCUUCAUGUGCGGCUCUCUCAGCGGCACCUGCUCCACUCUGCUGUUCCAGCCGUUGGAUCUGGUGAAGACCAGACUGCAGACCCUGCAGAACAACAUGGACCCAGGUGCUCCUAAAGUGGGGAUGAUUACAGUCUUUUUCAACGUGAUCCGCACAGAGAAGCUGCUUGGCCUGUGGAAGGGGGUUUCACCGUCGUUCAUGCGCUGUAUCCCUGGUGUAGGAAUCUACUUCAGCACAUUUUACUCGCUGAAGCAGCACUUCUUCCAGGAUAGGUCUCCGAGUGCUGGGGAGGCGGUGUUGCUUGGGGCGGGGGCUCGUUGUGUGGCAGGCGUGGCCAUGCUGCCCAUCACAGUUAUUAAGACUCGUUUUGAGAGCGGGCGGUACAAUUACAUAAGCGUAGCUGGAGCCCUUAAAAGUGUGUGUCAGAAUGAAGGUCCCAGGGCUCUUUACUCCGGGCUCACAGCGACUCUGCUCAGAGACGCCCCGUUCUCUGGCAUCUAUGUCAUGUUCUACAGCCAGGCCAAAAAGGCUUUGCCACAGGAGAUCAGCUCGUCCUCCUUUGUCCCACUGGUUAAUUUUGGCUGUGGUGUAGUGGCUGGUAUUUUGGCCUCUCUAGCAACUCAGCCAGCAGACGUGAUCAAAACCCACAUGCAAGUGAGCCCAGCGUUGUAUCCCAAGACCAGCGACGCUGUACGCCACGUUUAUGCGAAGCAUGGCUUGAGUGGGUUCUUUCGAGGAGCGGUUCCUCGUUCUCUGAGGAGAACCCUCAUGGCGGCCAUGGCCUGGACUGUGUACGAGCAGCUGAUGGCACGCAUGGGACUGAAGCCCUAGACACCCAACGCACUUUAUGUGUGGACUUCAUUCUGUUUGUGUCCGUUACAGGAGUGUGUGCUUUUCAGACGAUGGUGAAAAGAUGGCAUUCUUUUAUCCUUGAAGGCUUGAUCAAAACAAAAGCAGCUAGUGUUGGCUGAGGUACCGGUAAUCGUAGGGUUCCGCGUGUGUGUGUGUCUUUGUGUGUUAGUGUUUUCAGGUGCAGUGAGUCGUUACCCCGUGACACCUCUGACAGUGACAUUCCUAAAUUGCCACAUUGUGAGUUUGUAUGCCUUGUUGACACCUGCAUAUUUAGAGAGGGGUCCGCACUGAUGAAUACCAAUGAGAGACUGCUGAAUCAUGUGCUGUCAGCUCACAAGAAAACACUCCUUUCACAGGAAGAAAAUCCCCCUUUUGGCAACUAACCUUAGCAGUGUUCUCAGAAAGUCCGUGGACUCCAGUGUCUGUGAUAGUUCUUAAGCAUGGUCCUCUGAGUUAAAUCCUUUUUAGUCAAGGAUGAGGAUUAGUGGGUGUUUAAGACUGGUCUUACCAAGACAUGUUGACAUAAUACUCCAGCGCUCCGACAAUCAGACCGAAUUACUCCAGGACUGCGAAACUGAACUGACGACACAUGACUGUCUCACCAACAUACUCCAUUCCGACUAUAAUUGCGUGUCUCUAUGCGAUGAUUGUGCUGUUCUACUGAUUUCCUGUGCUGUGUGACUGGAUGGGUUUAUCAGUGCAUUCCAAUACACUGGGUUUUUUAUUUUCUUUGAACGCUCGCUCCUGGGCACAGACAAAGCCAGGAUUUGGAUUGAAGGAGACUUUGUAAGACCUGGAGAAACAUUGGGAAGUAGAACGUAUCAGUGAGAAUUUACAAUACUUCAUGUAUCGUAUUUGCAAAUGUGUUGUCGGACGUUUUGUCGUGUUGACGUUGUGUGUAAAACCACUGUAAGUGUGGUGCUCAGUGUGAGCACAACAGUGUAAUGUUAAUUCUACAUGACCCA